AUGAGGAUCACAUACCGCGAGGCGAUCGCAAUCGCGCAGGUCAUCUUCUUUGUCCCUGCACUUGUCGGGGGCAUCUUCUUAGCCAUACGACUUGGAUUCUCCAAAAGCUCAGGUUGGGUUCUUCUGAUCACCUUCUCUCUCCUCCGUUUGAUCGGUGCAGUUCGGGAGAUUAUCGGUACUCAACACCCUUCAAAGUCCGUCAUUACGGGAGCUAUCGUCUGUAUUUCCAUUGGUAUCUCGCCAUUGACUCUCAUUUGUCUUGGAUUACUGGCAAGAGUGUACGUUGCCCCUUCUCUGAUGCAUGGCCUUAUUCUUCCACGCCUGAUUUUUCAGCUCAUCAGCACGGUUUCUUUAGCCGCUCUCAUCUUGGGUAUCUAUGGUGGGAUUCAACUUGCAGAUCAAACGGGAGCUACGAAUUACACUCAUCUCAACUCCUACAGCAAGGCAGCCGUUAUCAUAUUUACCGUUAUUUUCGUUGUUGUGUGCCUCAUGUUCCUGGUCUUGGCCACGAAAGUGUCACACGUACCUGAUGGAGAGAAGAGACUCCUCGUCGCGGUUACAUUAUCGUUACCUUUCCUUGUCAUACGAUAUACAUACGCACUUCUGGCCGACUUCGCACAAGACACUCGCUUCAAUUCUUUCUUCGGCAACGCAACAUACUAUCUUUGCAUGGCUGUUUUGACAGAAUUUGUGGUCAUUUUUAUCUGCGAGAUUGCAGGGUUCACUCUGCGCGUAAUUCCCAAAGAAGAACGAAACCUUGAAGCGGUGGAGAUGAUACGUGGUCAUGUCCCCGUCGACUCGAAUGACUUGUCUAGGAGUGAUGCCCUGCUAGAAGAUGGUGGGCAACGAACAAGAAAGCCACAGAGAAAAUUCAAGGGGCCACUCUCCUGGUUGUUCUUCCAAGCUAAAGAUGCUAUUGCUGCACAUAGGGACGCGAAGUAG